AUGCAGAACUUCACCUUGGACCAGAUUUUCCAGGAAUUGAAGUCGAACGAUGAGAUCCGCCGUCUGAAGGCUGCCAAGAAUUUGCGUGUCCACUUCAUCUCCAUCUCAAGAGAUUCCACGUCUACAGAACAGAUGACAGUCUACAACAACUACAUUAACAAGAAGAUCUUCGACCUCACAAACUCUUCCAAAACAAACGAACAAUUGGGCGGCAUAGACGCCAUCAACUCGUUGAUCGAGCUUCUCUCUCCGGACGAGAACUCAAACAUGAUCACCCGUUAUGCCAAUUACCUAAGGAGGUUACUAUCCUCAAACGAUAUCAAUGUUAUGAGGGCAGCCACAGCAACAAUUGGGAAACUCGCCAUUCCCGGAGUUUCAACAACAGCAGACUUCGUCGAAUUCGAAGUGAAAAGAUCUUUAGAAUGGUUGAUCACAGAGAAAAUAGAGGGUAAACGACACGCAGCCAUUUUGAUUAUUUCUUCCUUGGCAGAAAACUCUCCAGCUUUGCUAUACCAGUACGUAAAACAGAUAUUCAACAACAUAUGGAUUGGGCUGAGAGACUCGAAAUCAAGUAUCAGAGAAGACUCCGCUGUGUGUUUGCGCCACUGCUUGGAUAUAGUAUAUGAAAGAGACAACGAUUUGCGCAAUUACUGGUUUUCAAAACUCUACAGUGAGGCUUUCAGUAUUUUGAAUAGUCCACCAGAAUUCAUACACGGCUCUCUAUUAUGUUUUCGAGAACUAGUUAACCAAGGCACUUCCGUUCUAGGAUCGAAAAUAGAUGAAAUCUAUGAAACUAUUAUGAGAGUAAAAGACUAUAAAUCGGUAGAUGUACGUCGGGAAGUUACUACCAUUAUUCCACAAAUGGCUAGAUACGAUAAGAUAAAAUUUGUCGAUAGAUACAUGCAUCGUGUCUUAUUGUACUAUAUUUCCCAGCUCAAAGUUGGCAAAGAUAAGGUUAUGAUUCUUCUGAGUAUUGGUGAUAUAGCAACUGAAGCCAAGAAUAACAUGGUGAACUAUCUUAAUGGUAUUGUUCUGGAGAGUGUCCGGGAUGGGCUAUCCCAGAGCUCUAUUAAAGUUCAGCGGGAAUUGUCACCGGCUUGUUGCUAUUGCCUCGCCAAAUUAGUACUGGCUUUAGGGCCUCCAAUGACAAAGUUCAUCAAUGCUUAUCAAAUUCUCAGAUUGCUACUAAAAUCUCCCAUAAAUGAUAAUGUUUUGAGUGUUCUCAAGAUUUUCAGCAAACAUUUACCUUCACUAGAGCCUAUAAUUAAUGACAGAUUGAUCAAUAAUGUCAGUUGUUGUUUAUCGGGUUACGAGUUUCGUCACCCUGGAUCGCCAGACUUUGAAAGAUUGUUUGACCCGGAUCUAGCAUAUAACUACAGGUACGACAUGUUAUUAAAAGAGGACAUUCCUGCCUCCAAAUACUUUGAGGAUCCUGAUGUGACAAUAAUAUUGCAGGGUUUAAAGACCUUGAGGUGUUUUGCAUUCAAAAAUUAUGAUUUGACCGAGUUCGUUCAGUAUGCGAUAACCCACUACAUCUCACAUCAAAACCCAGAAAUAAGAUUACAAGCUUCCGUUACAUGCGCAGAGCUCUAUAGAAGAAGUAGUAUUUGCUAUGAAAGAAGUGCACAUUCGCUGAAAAGUGUCGACUUUGUUCUUGAAAAAUUACUCACUACAUGCAUAACUGACCCAGUGGCCGAAAUAAGACUGGAAGUUAUCAAAAGCUUGGACGAUAAAUUUGAUCCCCACCUUUCCCAAGCCGAAAACGUUAAGCUACUAUUCAUGACUCUCAAUGAUGAGGAUUUUGAGAUCCGAAAGCAAAGCUACAGAGUAGUUGGACGUCUUACUUUCUUUAAUCCAGCAUUCAUCGUUCCACCUUUGAGGAAAAUUUUGAUACAACUUAUCACCAACUUAGAAUAUGGUAGUCAUACUACGAGGAUAAAAGAGGAAUCAAAUGUGCUUUUAGGAAUUUUGAUUUCCUCCACUGACGACCUCACUAAGUCCUAUACUAAGCAAAUAAUGAACGCUUUGCUUCCUCAAGCGGCAGACAUUUCACCAGUUGUUUCAGCAUCUGCAAUCACUACCAUAGGCUGUCUAGCAGAUGUAAGCUGUGAAGAUAUUAUGCCAUUUGUGCCUCAAAUCAUGCCAAUAUUGAUUGAUUCUUUUCAGGAACAAAAUUCUGGAAUUAAAAGAGAUGCCUCACUCAAAACUUUGGGUCAGAUUGCAGGUUCAGCGGGUUAUGUCAUACAACCAUUAUUGGAUUACCCUCAGCUUUUGGGAUUGUUGGUCAACAUUCUUAGAUCUGAGUCUUCAACCAUAGUCAGAAGAGAUACAAUUAGACUACUAGGUAUUUUGGGUGCACUAGAUCCUUACAAGCAUAGGGAAGUCGAAAGAAAGGGACAUGACGCUGAAACUGUUGCGAGACAAAAUGCACCUCCUAUAGAUAUGGAACUUUUAAUGAAGGGCAAGUCUCCAACUAAUGAUGAUUACUUCCCUACAGUGGUUAUCAGAACAUUGAUCAAAAUUUUGAAAGAUAACUCUUUAGCUGCUCAACACUUAGCCGUUACCCAAACUAUCAUGAACAUUUUCAGUGGCCUAGGAAUGAAAUGUGUUCCAUUUUUGGAUCAAGUCAUUCCAGCUUUUGAGAUAGUGAUGCACAACUGUCCCAUAUCGAUGUUAAACACGUACUUCCAGCAAAUAUGUGAUUUGAUUGAUAUUGUCAAACUAAACAUUCGCUCUUAUUUACCCCAAAUAUUCAAAUUGAUUCAAGAAUUCUUCCCUAAUGUCAAAUUACAAUCAAAAGUGAUUUGUGUCAUUGAAAGAGUCUCUAAAGCUUUGGAGGAUGAAUUCAAGUUGUACAUGUUAGAUUUGAUUAACAUAUUCUUAAAUGUGUUAGAAAAAGAUUUAUCUCCCGGAAACAUGUCUACAUUAAGAGUUUUGAAAGCUUUCGUGAUAUUUGGAAGCAACUCAGAGCCUUAUAUAUACAUGAUAAUUCCAUCUUUGAUCAAAUUAUUUGAGUAUGCUUCAGUGAAUGUGAGAAAGGCUGCAAUCGAGUGUGUUGGCAGACUUUCUCGUACUAUCCCACUCAAUGACUACGCAUCAGAAAUUAUACAACCGUUAUUGAGGCUAUUGAGUACAUAUGGUGGAACAGGUUUGCGUACAGUUGCGAUGACUACAAUCUGUUCAUUGCUAUUACAAAUGGGCUCUGAUUUCAAAGUUUUCAUUCCGGUUGUUUCAUCUGUCUUGAUCAAAAGCAAGUUACAAUUUCCAUUGUAUGACCAGUUUGUGGACAGGUUAAAUAAAGGAAGACAGUUACCCUCAGGUGUUGUUCUUUAUCCGGACUUAGAAACUACAACAUCUGAUAAUAUCCAAGCCGAACAACCUCAAAAGAAAUUGUCUGUGAAUCCCCAAACGCUACGCUUAGUAUGGGAUUGCAGCUCGAAAAGGACAAGAGAAGACUGGCAAGAAUGGAUGAGAAAGUUGAGCAUUGCCUUAUUGAAAGAGUCGCCAUCUCAAGCACUCCGUGCAUGUAGUACAUUGGCAUCUGUUUAUCCACAACUAGCCAAGGAUCUUUUCAACUGUGCUUUUGCAAGUUGUUGGAAUGAGUUACACAUUCAGUACCAGGGAGAGCUUGCGCAAGCACUAUGCAUUGCUCUUUCAUCUGUAAACAGUUCUCCCGAGAUUCAUCAAGCCUUGUUAAAUUUGACUGAAUUUCUGGAGCAUGAUGAAAAAUCCCUACCAAUUAGGAUACAAACAUUGGGUCAAUAUGCCCAAAGAAGUCACGCAUACGCCAAAGCUCUACAUUACAAGGAACUUGAGUUUAUCCAAGAGCCAUCAAUUCCAACUAUUGAGUCUUUAAUUAGUAUCAAUAAUCAACUUCAGCAAUCUGACGCCGCCAUUGGUAUUUUGAAGUAUGCUCAGGAGCAUCAUGGGUUACAGUUGAAGGAAACUUGGUAUGAAAAGUUGCAACGGUGGGAUGACGCAUUGCAUGCAUAUAAUGAAAGAGAAAAAGAGGAACCUAAUUCAACGGAGAUUACAAUGGGUAAAAUGCGUUGUUUACAUGCACUUGGUGAAUGGGAGACGUUAAGUAUGUUAGCAAGAGAAAAGUGGGAUACUAGUAGCGCUGAUAUUAAACGUUCUAUUGCACCACUUGCUGCUGCCGCCGCUUGGGGAUUAAGACAGUGGGAACGAAUGGAUACAUAUAUUGCUGUCAUGAAGAAAGAUUCUCCGGACAAGGCUUUCUUCAAUGCAAUUUUAUCAUUACACAACAACAAUUUUGAUGAAGCUUCGUUGCAGAUCAACAAGGCUCGUGAUUUGCUUGCGACAGAGGUAACUGCAUUAGUGAGUGAAUCUUAUAACCGUGCAUAUGGUGUCGUUGUCCGUGUUCAAAUGUUAGCAGAGUUGGAAGAAAUCAUCAAAUAUAAAUGCUUGCCUCAAGGAAGUGACAAGCGUAUCCAUAUCAUUGACACCUGGAACAAGAGAUUAUUGGGUUGCCAAAAGAAUGUUGAUAUCUGGCAAAGAAUGUUGAAGGCUCGGGCAUUGGUAGUCAAGCCAAAGCAAGAUAUGGAAAUCUGGAUCAAAUUUGCCAACUUAUGUCGUAAAAGUGGAAGAUUGAGAUUAGCUGAAAAGUCAUUGAACUCAUUAUUAGAUGAAGGCUCUGCUGGUAAGCCUGGGAACAAGGCAUCACCACAUGUUGUUUACGCACAGUUGAAGUAUAUGUGGUCCAGAGGCCAAAAGGCCGAAGCAUUGAACCAUUUAGUGGACUUUACCUCGAAACUUUCACGUGAUCUUGGCCUUAAUGAAAAUGAAGCAAUCACUCAACCCUUACCAACCAAUAUUCCUGGCAUCACUGACGAUAUUGAAAAGUUUACCAAGUUGUUAGCAAGAUGUUACUUGAAACAGGGUGAAUGGAAAAUAGCAAUGGAUGAUACAUGGAUAGAGAAGGAAGCGCCAAGUAUUUUGGGUUCAUUUUUGUUGGCCACUCAUUUCGAUCCUAAAUGGUACAAGGCAUGGCAUAACUGGGCUUUAGCUAAUUUUGAGGUCAUAUCACCACAAUCAAAGCAUCGUCAAAACUACAUAGUUAAUGGCAAUAGCAAUGCUAGUGGCAAUGGGAUUUCAGAAAACAACGGAGGUGACAACAAGAUGGAUGUUCAGCAUCAUAAUAUUAAUAUGAAUAUGAUUUUGAGAUACGUUGUCCCAGCUGUGAAAGGUUUUUUUCAUUCGAUUGCGUUAUCUUUUUCCAAUCCUCUUCAGGAUACUCUUAGGUUGCUAACUCUAUGGCUUGACUUCGGUGGGGUUGAAGAGGUUGCUACUGCAAUGCAAGAAGGUCUCCAGAUGGUUAAGGUGGACACAUGGUUAGAUGUCAUUCCACAGCUAAUUUCACAUAUUCAUCAACCAGAUCCUGUUGUGAGCCACUCUUUGUUGGGUCUUUUAUCAGACCUAGGCCGUGCACACCCUCAAGCGUUGGUUUAUCCUUUGACUGUUGCCAUAAAGUCCGAGAGUGUAUCAAGACAGAAGGCAGCAUUAACAAUUAUUGAUAAAAUGAGGGCCCAUUCCUCGAUCUUAGUUGACCAAGCCGAUAUGGUGAGUAACGAGUUAAUUAGAGUUUCUGUUUUAUGGCAUGAGAUGUGGUAUGAAGCUCUAGAAGAUGCAUCUCGAGCCUACUUCAAUGAGCAUGACGUUGAAAAGAUGUUUUCGAUUUUGGAUCCUUUGAAUGAACUGAUUCAAAAGGGACCGCAAACCAUACGUGAAAUUUCAUUUACAAAUGCGUUCGGUAAAGAUUUGAGUGAUGCCCAUGGCUGGUUACACCAGUUCAAGCGUACCAAAGAUGUUACAUACAUCACACAAGCUUGGGAUCUUUACUAUACUAUUUUCAGGAGGAUAUCCAAGCAGCUACCUUUAUUGCAAAAUUUGGACUUGCAACAUGUGUCACCUAAACUUUUGAAUGCUCAUGAUUUAGAGUUGGCUAUUCCUGGUACAUAUGAAGCCGGCAAGGAGGUUAUUCGAAUUAUGAAGUUUGAUCCUAUUUUCAUUGUGAUUACUUCAAAACAAAGGCCACGUAAGCUUCACAUCCACGGUAGUGAUGGUAAGACGUACACUUUUGUGCUUAAGGCGCAUGAGGAUAUCAGGCAAGAUAGUUUGGUUAUGCAGUUAUUUGGCUUGGUGAACACACUUUUGGCAAAUGAUCCUGAAUGUUUCAAGAGACACGUUGAUAUACAGAAAUAUGCCGCCAUACCUCUUUCGCCAUCCUCCGGAUUGUUAGGAUGGGUUCCGAAUUCGGACACAUUUCAUGUGUUGAUCAAGGAAUAUAGAGACCCGAGAAAAAUCUAUUUGGACGUGGAGCAUCGGGUGAUGUUACAGAUGUCGCCUGAUUACGAUAAUUUGACGUUGUUGGAGAAAGUGGAGGUUUUCACGUAUGCGCUAGACAUAACACGAGGACAGGAUCUGUACAAGGUUUUGUGGUUCAAGUCGAAAUCAUCCGAGUCGUGGUUGGACAGACGUACCACCUACACGAGGUCUUUGGCCGUCAUGUCGAUGGUCGGGUACAUCUUAGGGCUAGGAGACAGACACCCGUCGAACUUGAUGAUGGACCGGAUCACCGGGAAAGUCGUGCACAUUGAUUUCGGUGACUGUUUUGAGGCUGCCAUCAUGCGUGACAAGUAUCCCGAGAAGGUACCUUUCAGACUUACCCGUAUGCUCAGCUAUGCGAUGGAGGUGAGUGGGAUCGAGGGUUCGUUCCGGAUUACGAGCGAGAACGUAAUGAAAGUGCUCCGUGACAACAAGGAUUCGUUGAUGGCUAUUUUGGAAGCGUUUGCGUACGACCCGUUGAUCAACUGGGGGUUUGACUUCCCGAUCCAGCGGGUGAUUGAGCAGGCCGGGCUCCCGAUCAAGUUGCAGGAGGGGAACUACGUCGAGCUUUUGCGGAACGGGCAGAUCACCGAGGAGGAGGCGGCGGUGAUGGCGAUGCGAUACAAGGCCGGCGUGAGGGACGCCCGUGCGGCGUGUGUGUUGAAGCGGAUCAACGACAAGUUGACCGGUAACGACUUUAAGCGGUUCAAGGGCUUAGACGUGCCGACGCAGGUGGACAAGCUCAUCCAGCAGGCCACAAGCGUGGAGAACCUCUGCCAGCACUACAUCGGCUGGUGUGCGUUCUGGUGA